AUGACGGCCACUUGUGACGACACUGCCGAGGUGUCUGAUACCGAGUCCUUCCACUCGGCCACUUCAAAUGUCACCAAGAAAAGCUCCAAGCGUUGGAGCUCGCCUGCCCAGAAGGCCGCGAUAAAGGCAGAUUGCCUGAUCCAUCAUCAAACAGUGCUGAAGAGACCGCGAUCGCGGACGGUUUGCUCUCAGUCAUCGGCCUCGUCCAAAGCAUCCCAUCCUCAACACAGUCCUCGACACUCGCGGCACAACUCCGUAUCCAUCCCCUCCCGACAAAGCAGUCUUGCGAGGAAACGGCGUCGAUCGCGUCAGGAUUCCAUAGCGCUGCAUCGCCAGAGCUGCCAGAUUUUCUCCUCCCUGGACGGAGUUUUGGCCUUGAGCAGGGACAUCACACCACUGCCCAGCGCUUCGACCUCGCGAACAACAACCCGGCAUGCAUCCAUAAUCCCCGAGGACACCCUGGACCAGGAGAGUAUCCGGCGCAUGUGUGAGAAGAUCAACGCCAGAUUAACGGCUGUUGAGCACCAACAACAUGAUCAGUCAGACCAAUAUCCCGACACUUAUGGCUUCUCGUACGCUCUCCCAGCCAGCGUCAACGGUCGCUCUCCGACCCUGCACUCGGAUGUUAUGCCACGGCUGUCCAAAAUCAAUACCAGAUACGCCGAGUCGGCAACUGUCUCUCCCGUUACAAGCCCGGGAAGACCAACCUUGAACACCGUGAUAUCUUGGACCUCGAAUGCAACGCGGCGCGUUGAGUACGAGAAAAUCGACCGCGCACACAGCGGUGUCAGGGGUUUCCUCCGCAGAGUCAUUCCCCGGUGUUUCCGACCCAAGCAUGGACGGAGAGCCUUUUUCACAGGUGAAUGUGACGGAGACAGCGUGAGAAGGUUUCGACUGGACGUCAGUGAUGAUGAAAGUGACGCGGAGCAUCACGAGGGAGACGACAUUCGCAAGGUUUCCGAAAGUACUACGUUUGAAGUUGAGAAGGGCAGUCCAAGCGUGAAAGUCGAAGUGGGAGCAGAAAAAGAAGACACCCACAGUCGCAAAACUGUCGCCAGGGGUGCCAAAGACGGAGGAGAGCACAAGGAUAAAGCUCGAAAAUGGUCGUGCUUCGACUUAUAA